AUGUCGCGCCCAACCAUCUCAGGACCUCUUGGGCCUGUCCAGCGUAGCAGCGGACCGGAUCUUGAGCGUGCCGAAGCAUUCACCGUCGUUUCGAGCAUCAACGACACCGAAAAACAAUACUCAGACAUCUCCCAGCCGACCUCAGACGCUGAUUCGGGAAGAGGCCAUUCGACUCUUGGCCCUACUCGACAAGGUGGUAUCCUCAAGACUUCCCAAGCAAGCAAAGCUUAUGGAGCCCUCGAGUCUGUCAAUCCCGACCAUCGAAAAUCCCAAGGAGAAACCAACCCGCCUCUUCAGCGGCAGGAUGUCCUAUCCGGUCGUGGAAGCUACCAACCAUAUCUCACUUCUCAAAGACAAGCUACUGUCAAAGAUCGUCGAGUAUUGGGGGAGAUUUCCCACGCCAACGCUGACAAUACGCGCAUUCCAUAUUCAGAUGAGCCCGCUCUUACGCAGUGCGAGAGACUUCAUUCCCAAGAGAACCAGCUCAUAUCGCCUUCAGAAACAGCAGCCCAACUGUCCAUGGCAAGACCUCAUGGAGUUAGACGACUGUCAGCCAGUUUCACCACAGGCGGACCGUUGUCCAGCAAUCCAACUAUCGCCAGCUUCCCCGUCAUGGCCAUCAAAAAUACCACACACCUGCGAGGGCCGCCUCAUACAUCCGUGCCUCCCGAAAUCGAAAGAGGUGCGGAAGAGACGAUUGAAAGUUCUGGCGGAAACAGCCCUGAACUCGGAGGUCGUCGAAAGCAAUCAAGAUCGCCCAAAGGCGGAAUAGAGAAGCAGCGACUACCUAAAUCUCGCACUUUUACCGUUCUGUCCAACCUCACCGCCUCUCUCUCUAGAACAUCUCUAGCCAGCUUCACGGGAAGUGAUCGUAAGGCCUCUCUGCAGACAGUGGCAUCUCGCAAGACCAGCAGUUCUUCGACUCUUACAACUAGCAUUCCGACUAGAACCCCCACCCCCAUGUCUCCUGAGGUCAACCCACUCAUCAUUACGACAGCGCAGCCAUCGGCUUACUGGUCAGGUCGUUUCAUGUCUCUACAGGAUCGUUUCCAAGGCGAAUCCCUUCAAGAGCAGACUCUAUCAAUCUUUGUCACAGCCCACGCCUCCAAGGCCAGUAUUCUUGCGCAACAACGUGCCGCCUAUCAAGGCCGUGGCAAUCUACCUCUCAGCACCACAACAGCCCUCGACCGCUACGGCACUGCCGCUAUCCAAGAAGCUAAGCGACUCUCGGACGAAGAUAAUUGCAGUCUCCGCAUCUUCCUCCACCUCCAAGCACUUUGCGGUACGCCCGAGGCCCAGAAAAGCUUGCACGCUCUGAGGUACGUCGCUAUCGAAGGGUUAUUGUAG